AUGGCUGACUCAGGAACGGCCGAUAGUCGUGGUGAUGACGAAAAAGAAUGGGUCCCUGUAACCAAACUUGGUCGUCUUGUAAAAGAAAACAAAAUCCAAGAUAUUGAACAAAUAUACGUGUUUUCUCUUCCAAUCAAGGAAUUUCAAAUAGUAGACCAUUUUCUUCCAAAGUUGAAGGAUGAGGUUAUGAAAAUUAUGCCCGUUCAAAAGCAAACUCGUGCGGGUCAACGGACAAGAUUUAAGGCUUUCGUUGUAAUUGGUGAUUCUAAUGGACAUGUAGGUCUUGGAGUGAAGUGCUCAAAAGAAGUCGCCACCGCUAUACGUGGAGCAAUCAUUCUUGCAAAGCUCUCUGUCAUCCCAGUUCGUCGUGGUUACUGGGGUUCUAAUCUUGGUGAACCACACACAGUACCAUCAAAAGUAACUGGAAGAUGUGGCUCAGUUAUUUGUCGGCUUGUUCCAGCUCCUCGCGGUACUGGCAUUGUAGCUGCUCCUACUCCAAAGAAGCUUCUACAAUUAGCAGGUAUUACCGAUUGUUACACCACGUCACGUGGUUCUACACGCACUUUGGGCAAUUUUGUAAAGGCUACUUUUGCGGCAAUCGGCAACACCUAUGCCUUCUUGACGCCUGAUUUGUGGAAGGAAACUAAAUUUAAGCAGUCACCAUACCAAGAAUUCAGUGAUAUCUUGGCU